CUGAGCCAGAGUGUCGCAAUGUAUGCAUAAUGCGAAAGAGACAAAGUGGUAUUUAGUUUGUAGGUGUUUGUGAGUUUGUGUGCUGUUGCCAACAGUGUUGGGGUAACUUUUACUUUUUCAAUCAUCUAUGACAAUAAUAAUAAUAAUAUUAAUAGUAUUUUAUAAUUUAUAAUCAAUAAGUAUAAGUUAUAACUUAUAAAUUUAAUUCGAUAAGGUUGAAUAAGGCAGGCUAAUUUAUAAGAUAGGAGUGAAUAGUUCAGACAAUACUAAUACUAUUCUCUAUAGACUAUAGAUAGUAAGGUGAAAGGCGCUUAAUUAAAAAAAAAAAAAAAUAUGAUUUAGAAGGAGAUUAGGAUAAUUGAUAGUUACUUAAACUUAGUUUUCUAACUCUAACCUAAUUAAACUCUAACACUCCGGGCUAAUAUAGUUAAAUGUAAAAUAAUACUGUUUAAUUAAUAUAGAUAGUAAGGUGAAAGGCGCUUAAAUAAAAAAAAAAAAAAAAUAUGAUUUAGAAGGAGAUUAGGAUAAUUGAUAGUUACUUAGACUUAGUUUUCUAACUCUAACCUAAUUAAACUCUAACACUCCGGGCUAAUCUAGUUAACUGUAAAAUAAUACUGUUUAAUACAGUAAUCUGUUUCAUGGACAGUGUUGUUGUAUAUUUUCAUUGAAAUUUCAAAGAAGGUAUUUGUUGAGGCUUACCUAUCUAUUUAAUUAUCUUUAAUUGAGGCUAUUAUUACUAUAUAUAACUAUAAAUCAAAGAAAGUUAAGUAUAUUAGACUACAAAUAUUCUAUUCUCCUUUAUUUAAUUAAAUAAAUAAUUAUGCAAUAGAUUUAAGGAAAUAUUUAGGCUUGUCUCUGUCUUUAUUAACUGUUAUUGUCCUUCUUCAGGUUUCCCUCUAUCACUAUCCCUUGUAUAUUUCUUAUUUGCUUCAACCUGGAUGCAGUUCUCCCUGUAUUACUAAAGCAGCUCAGGCAGCUUGACUGGCUUGAGGCUCAACAUUGACUUAGCUUAUUUGCAAAUCCCUAUUAAUAACUUACUUCAUUAUUAUUUCAUUUUUUUACCUAUAGUGGCCUAUAUGCUAUUGGAAUAUAUUAUUAACAGUAAAUAUAGCAAAAACACAUCAAUCAAGAGUAAAUUUACCGCUAAAAUGAAACUAAUUCUUUUUAAAUACACAAAUAUAAUUCAUAUAUGGGGUUAAAGUAGAAACGCAUAUGAUAUAAUUAGUUCCGUACUAAUUUCUAACUAUUUUAAUAGUUGUCUUUUCUUCCUUAAAAAAAAAAAAAAAAAGAUUUCCUUUAGUUGUAUAAUUUAAUACUCGUAUUUUAAAUCUUAUUGUGUAAAAAUCACUGUAAUCACUAAAAAUUCAUUUGAUGGCUAUCAAGAUUGUUUCCGGACUUACAAACUCUUUAAUCAUGCCUAACAUAGCUGACUUGUAAGGAGCAUGGCUCGGAUGCUCUCCUUAAUGACUUGUAAGGAGCAUGGCUCGGAUGCUCUCCUUAAUGACCUCUACUAACAAUUCAUUGGUUUCACUGUAAUUUUGCCAUAUAUGCCCAAUGAUAGCCAAAUGUUAUAGCAUUUUCAUGUGGCAUUUUUAUAUCUCUGGGAAGGGUUGUAAUGACUACAGUCCUGUAGAUAGUUUAGUGGAAAGCCUCUGUAAGUGAUCCUGCCCUCACAUGUUUUUGUAGGUGACAAAAGGAAUGCUGUCUUUAGCAUGACAGUUAUCUUUAUUCUUAGACAGUUUGAGGUCAUUUGAGAUGAUGCUCACAAAAUAUUUAAACUUAUCAUGAAAAUUGAGAAGUUGGCUACUGACACUGAUUUUUGGAGCUGCGUAAUUCCUGAUUUCUGAUACAGAAACUCAGUUUCUUAUAUUAAUGUUAUGACUCCAGCUACCUCUUUCAUAUUUUAAUAGAACAAGUAUCAUGUUAGUUAUUGCUGGGUUUGCUUGAAAGCCACUUAAUUUGUGGGAGAGAUUUUUCAGCUAAAGAAACCUUACUAGUAUUUUCCCUGCGCAUAAAACAGUGAAAAGUUCAUGUAGCUUGAGGGGUCAGAUUUUUCCCCUUUGUAUCUCUGUAAAAUGCAAAUGAAGUUGAUACGUCUCAUUUUUCUGAGCAUUGGCUUACUAUUUCCAGAGUUUUACAGUUUAUAAGCAUCUGAAUGAUCAUUUUGUAGGCUCAAUUUUUUUUAUUUAUAAGAAAAAGAAAUAAAAAUAAAUGAUAUUUUUUGCAAGCAUAGCUUUUGUGGUAUAUAGAUUUUAUUUCAUUAUUUUUUAAAAAACUAAGAUAAUAAGUGGGGAAAAUCAUCUUACCACACAUAUUUUUAAAGUAAAAAUCCCAAAAUAUAGUUCAUCAUCAACAUCAUCAUGUCCCAUUCCAUGCAUAAGUAUUCUCCAUGCACAACAAUUUAUAAUUUCUCUAGCUUUUGUGGUAAAUAGAUUUUAUUUCAUUAUUUUUUUUAAAAACUAAGAUAAUAAGUGGGGAAAAUCAUCUUGCCACACAUAUUUUUAAAGUAAAAAUCCCAAAAUAUAGUUCAUCAUCAACAUCAUCAUAUCCCAUUCCGUGCAUAAGUAUUCUCCAUGCACAACAAUUUAUAAUUUCUCUAGAGUUGACAUCCUUAUGAUGAAGGAAUAAUAACUUUUUUUACCUGUUAAAAAAUUUCAACAAGUAUUUAAACCGAGUCUUGUUUUGUGUUUGUUUAAAUUAAAAUUGUGCUUGACAGCUCACAUCUACCAAUAACAAUGGGUUGCACGGUGGGAAAGGAGGAGUUUAUCAUGAAAAAAAGUGACACUACUAAACAUGACAGCGACUCUAAACAAAAGAAGAACCACCAUAAAGAAGAGGUAUUAUCCUGUCCCUGGAUGUAUUCAUGUUCUGACCCAGAAAUAUAAGAUCAGACUUUUUUCACCUGAAUUGGCAAAUGUUUAAAAUGUUCAAAAAUUUCCAUUUGUUUUUUACUUUGUAAACAAAUCUCCCAUUGAAUCCCUUCCUGCAGGAUCAGUUUUAACCAGGUUUGUUGUUUCAAUAUUUCUACAAGUUUAUUAACUAUUGGUUGGGAAAACUCCUCAUGGUCACCAUGUGUUUAUAGAAAUAUAUUUCAUUCAUUUAAAACAUAGCUUUAAAAUAACAUACAUCAUUUUGGUGUUUAAAAAAAAUCAUAUUUGUUGGGUCUGGAUAUGAAUGUAAAUCUUAACUGUUGUGUUAUCUUUUAUUUAUUAGUGUCAUUAAAGGCAAAAUCAAAGAAAUCUGUUUGAAAACAAAGAAUCCAAGGAAAAUUUCUUUUUACAUUUGUUCUUGGCUGAAAGUAUUCACUGACCUAUAAGUUUAUAAAGUGGAAUUAAAUAAAACUCAUUUCCGAGGAUAAUUAGUCAACAUGGGAUCUGGGCCAUCAAAGAAAGAUAACUCUGCUGUCAUAAUUUCCACAAGUGGCAACAGAGGAAAUGGGAAUCCUGGGACUUUUAAUCAAACACAGGUACAAUGCAAACUGUAGAUAACAGAUUCAAGAAAACAAGAGUGUGGGUGGCUUAUCAGGGCCUUACAUUUUAAAUUCAUUAUAACUUAGAAAAGCAUGAAAUAUUUUAAUCUAUCACAACCAAAUUGUAAUAAUGACAGUAUCAGUGAGUCUAAUUUUUAAGAAACAAUUUUAAUUAAUUCUUUUUGUGGAUUGAAACUAAACAUUGAGAAUACAGCUUUUUAAACAAAAAAAUUCAUGUUAUACAAGUUUUAUUUCAUUCAAAGACAAAAAAUGAUAACGUUUUGAAAUAAAAAUGACAAUAAUAUUAUAUUAAUAAAAGUAUUGUAGACUACUAUACGAAAAUAAAAGUUUUGAUUUAGACCAGUGCUUCUCAGAGUAGUGUUAUGUGGACCAGAAGGGUAUGAUCAUUCUCAGAGUGACAUAGUAACUUUUUAUAUAAAUAUAGGCAUAAAAUCCUUACUAUGACUAUUAAAAAUGACAUAAUUUAAAUGAAAUUUCAAGUUCAUCAACUAAUUCAAUUAGGCAGUGGUGCAGACUAAAUAUAAUUCUAUUAUGAAUUCCCCUAUGUGUCCAUGUAAAUAAAGAGCUUUUGCAACCAGUAGGUGGCAUAUCCGUGAUCUAGUGCACUGUUGCAUAAUUUCAUAUUCAUGUAACUUUCCUCUAGCACAUGGUAUGGUUAUUUAGUUGAUUUACACCAAUCCCCUGUCAAGGAUAGCAAAAAUUGUAUUUAGGGACCCACUGAUCAGGUAGGCUAGUUACAAUUUAAAGAAAUUUAGGCGUACAUCAUUAUUGAGGUGGAAAGUGAAGGGGUGGGGAUGACCUGAGUUAGUUGUUUUUUCUUUUGUAAAUAAAAUGAACUAGCACCUCUAACCCAACCACUCAAACCCAGGAAAAAUAAAAUGCAAUGAAAACAGCUGUAUCAACUCUAGGCCUUGACCUUGACAUUCCCAUUAAAUUAUCAAGUUGCAAAUUUGAAAAAAAAAAUAGUUGUUAAAAAAAUAAAUAAAUUUAUAUGUAAUUUCUUCUUACAGAAAAGCACUCAACCUGUUCCUAUGCAAGGGGCUCAAACUGUUCCACCUAUUCAAGAAAAGAAGCAUGUAGAUGUAAGUUUAAUAAACAAAAAAUAGUCUACUCUGCUCUAAAAUGUUGACACAAGAGACAACGAUUUUAUCCUACAGUUAAAAAAACCAACAAACUAAGCUCUGAAACCUUGUCAAAAGGGCCAGUGAGUUUAUCUGGACGUAAACAAAAAAAAUAUUUAAGAGAUCCGGCAAAUAUUCAGUAUUGUCUUUUUAUUUAAUUAUAUUUGAGAAGGCUCUUUGACGUGCACCUUCAGAAAGCUUUCUGUAAGGUUAUCAGAUUUUCCUAGGACAUAGCCCACAGUUUGAUUUAUAAAUAAGUUGCAGAGAUAUCCUUAUGUAGGAGAAUAAUUUAGUAUGGGGGAUGGGAAUUCUAUGAUUGAUUUUUAUGUUUAACACUUUAUUGAAUCUAAUCUCAAACCAACUUAAAAUUAUCACUUUCAUACUUUUCUUGACCUUGUCUGUUUUUUUUUCAACAUUUGACAUUUUAACAAUAAAAAAAAUAGGUAUCUAUUUUCAAUGAGGACUACCUGCAUUUUACAAAUCAAGCUCAGGAUAGUAAUGAUCUGUUAGUCAAAUCAAUCAUUAUCUUGCGGACUGUAAUUAAACAAUGAAAAUCAAUUAAAUCUCGGUCAUGUAUCCCCAUUGUUGACAUCCUAUUGAUUUUCUGCCAACACACUCAAUGGGAUCCAGCCAUUUCCAAUCAAUUAUUUCAAGUAUUAAUUGCUGCUAUCACCCAUCUCAUCAAGCACAUCCUGUUUAGCGAAAUGGUAUUAUUUAAAAAAUAAAAAAAAUAACAAAAACAUCAUUUGCCCCAUCAAUUGUAAACAUUUUUGUAAAAAUGUCAUCCACCAAUUUACAGAGAAGGUCCAUAAAUCAUUCAGUAUACAUGAAAAUUUUUCAAUGAAUUGUUUUCCUCAUGUCAGAUUGCUGGGGAUAUUCUUGUGGGCAACAUACUGUUUACCACUCAUUAUAUUAUUACAUUUUAAAGCUGACUUCAGGAUGGUUUUAAAGUUAUCUGUUUAAAUAAAAGCUAAGUUAAACAUAAGAACUCUAAGAAGUCUUGUAGGGAUUUAAAAUUCCGCUUUCUUCUAAAAAAUUUUUUUAAAGCUUCUAAUUUUUUAAACGAUCAGCAUGCCAUAAUGACUGUUGAUGUACAAAAAUGACCUGUCAGAAUGACUCAGUUUAUGUACAUGAAUGACCUGUCAGAUUGUAUGUGUGAAAGGCUCAAGAAUGACCUAUCUUAUUGUCUCGGUUAAUAUACAAAAAUGACUUCUCAGAAUGACCAAGUAAAUGACAGAUCAACAUGCUUAGUUUAAUGCAGUAAUGCUCUGUAAGAGUAUUCAGUUUGCCUCUGCUUUACUGGCUUUACUUUAUUGCAAAAAUUCUUGUUCUGUAAGCCCUAUCUUCAGCCUUUAGAUUUAUGACAUUACAGAUGAUGUUGGAUGUAAAUUGACUUAUGACAAUAUUUUAUGAGCAACUCUUUUUGUGCCUCUCACAUUUUUCUCUUAUUUAUUAGCUUUCAGACGGUGACAUCAAGAAAAGGCUCAAGCGCUACCUCAGUAUCCAGAAAGAAAUACACGAAUGGGAAGGGAAGAAUUUACCAAAAAAUCUACAAGCAAAGAAAGAAGAGUCAGCCCAUCUGCUGGAGACAUUGGCAGAGUCUGAGAAGAGUUACCAGGCAGCCUGUGAUAAAGUGUAAGGCCCAUUUAUCUUUUUCCAGCUUACAAAAUGCUAAUAGCUGUGGACUUCUGUCGUCAUAGCAUAAUCUUUUUCUCCCUGAGGAGAUAAUGUUAAUUUUGUUUGAGUUUUUAUUUGAAGACUAAAUAACCACAUCGUGCACUGUUGUAAAUUUGUAAUAAUUGGUAAGUGUGCAUUGUAAGGGAUGUGGAUCUAAGAAAGUUUGACAGUUUAUUAACAUGGAGGGGAGGUGUAAAGAUCUUGUGGAAGUCACACACAUUUUAAAUUUUGUUUAUCAUACAUAACAAAUAUGAAAUUGAAAGUUAUGUUGAGUUUCCUGUCACUUUUAUAGAUUUAAUAGUUGAAUAAUGAAGUGUGUUUCAAAAUCAAGGGGAAGUGAGAUUUGUGGAUGGGGUGGAGAGUUAAAAAUUAUCAAAAAGUAGCAUGAUUUACUUCAUGCUCUACCUUGAACGUGCUUAUUGGUUUUGUAAAGUAUAAGAAUGAAACCAUAAACUCAAAAUGACUGUAGGAAAAUUCAAGAUUAAAUAAUUGUAUGUAGGAAUCUGUCCCACCAUCUUGCAAGGUAUGGCUGCAUUAUACACGAAGCCAAGAAAAGUUUAACCUAUUCUGUAAAAUACACCAAUUUUGUUUGACUUUACAAAUUAAAAGUUGGGUACUUGCUACAUUGGCUGAUUUUGAGUCCCAUUUAAAUCCUAUUCUAGCUUGGGUAGGGUGCUAUCUUCCAGCUUUGGUAGGGUGCUAUCUUCCAGCUUUGGUAGGAUGCUGUCUUCCAGCUUGGGUAGGGCGCUUUCUUCCAGCUUGUGUAGGGUGCUAUCUUCCAGCUUGGGUAUGGCGCUAGCUUCCACCCAAGAUAGGGUGCUAUCUUCCAGAUUGGGUAGGGUGCUAUCUUCAAGCUUGGGUAGGGUGCUGUCUUCCAGCUUGUGUAGGGUGCUAUCUUCCAGCUUGGGUAUGGUGUUAUCUUCCACCCAAGGUAGGGUGCUAUCUUCAAGGUUGGGUAGGGUGCUAUCUUCCAGCUUGGGUAGGGUGCUAUCUUCCAGCUUAGGUAGGGUGCUAUCUUCCAGCUUGGGUAGGGUGCUAACUUCCAGCUUGGGUACGGUGCUAUCUUCCACCCAAGGUAGGGUGCUAUUUUCCAGAUUUGGUAAGGGUGCUAUCUUCCAACUUGGGUAGUUUUAAGAGCCUGGGCUCCUCUUUUCAUUACAAUUAUUUUAGGAGACCACCAUUCAUUUAACUAUAAAGGAGAUGUACAAUGUGUUUAUGAUUUAACUUCAUCUCUGUAUUUAUAAUGGUAUGUGUCUGUAAAAGCUCUUAAGACAUCCAGGAGCCAGAAGAUUCCAGCUCUAAAGUAGGCAGAAUCAUUAAGUUAAGCCACUAUGCUUUAAAUUUAUUACCCAUAGCGUGCAGUGAUUCGGAUAUAUCAAUGAUUUGAUUCCAGUUUAAUUAAUUUUUUUUUUUUUUACACAUUAUAUGAUAGGGCUAAGGUGAAGGCUGAUGUAGACAAGAUGAAGAAUCCAUCCGUGAAAGCUUUCUUCAAAGACCAAAAAGAGUUUGAUGAAAAAAUGUCAAAGGAACAGGUAGACCAACCUGUUGCCUGUUUAUAAUUUUUAAUGUUACAUUGUUGAUUUCAAUAUAAAUAUUUACUAACUGCUUGUUCCCAGCACAGACCACACUUUUUUCCCUCUACUAUAUAAAGAUACAUUAAUUAAAAUACCAGUGUAUGUAAGCGGCAGGGAAAAUGAUAAGUUUAAACUAGAUUCUCAAAAUUUAUGCUUUUCCAUUUAUUUUUUAGAUGUCUAAUCUUUGAAAAUAAAAUUUUUGAAUACAUUUUCAUAAAUACUCAGCUACCUAGAAAAAGCAUUUAAAAAUAAGUCUACUGCAUUACUGUAAUUACAUGGUGUUUGCAUUGUUACUCCCCAGGAAGAGCUUUUAGAAGCUGUCAGUGAACAAGAGGUGGCCAAGAAACAGCUGGAAGGAAUUCAGAAUCAGAAGAAAGCAUUGGACAAAGAAAUCCAUGACAAGACUGGGGAUUUGAACAAACUGAUGGCAUUGUAUGAUGAGCAGGAUAAAAUAUUAAGUACGUGAAACCCUUUGAAAAUAUUGACAUGAAGAAUAAUAGGUUUAUGUUUGGACAAUCUGGCAAAUUUUAGUGAAAUUAAAAAAAAAAGUCCUAAUUAUAUAUAUGUCUAAUUCAUUUGGUAAAAGGUAAAUAAAUUAAAAAUUAUUACAAACUUUUAUAAAGUUGUGCAGUCCAUAUGUAUUUGGGUGUCACUCUAAACAUCUUAGAUUUCUCGUUCAUUGAAUGCUACAGAGCUGAAUUUACCACCUGGCUGCCUCAAGGUUCCUUUUAAUCUUUCAAAAUUUGGUGAAUCCACAAUUUAAUUAUUCAGUCACAUGUACGCUUUAAAUCAAGAGUAAAAAAAAAAUCAUAAAUCAAGAUGGCCAUCAAUUAUUGUUCCUCUUAAAUUAGAGUUAGAGCAUCGACAUUUAAUUUUCAUUUUUAUUUCCAGAUGAUAUUUUCAAAGGCAAAUAUGGGUCAGCUCUUGAAAACACUCUGGAAGAAGAGGUAGACCAACUGCUAGACAGGAAAGAAAGAAUCGGCAUGGCCAAAUACAAAUGGUCCAAUGGCAAAAUUUUAUUACAGCAUGCUUGUAACCAGCUUGGGUAUGCCGUGAAACGCUGGCAAGAUUUAAUGCAAGUUCCUGGCAAGUAAGCAUCAUGCCGUUACUUUUUGUUAUUAAAAAAAAAAGUUUAACAAUUUUUUAUCUCAUGAUCUAAUAUAGAUUUCAUUUUUAAAAUGUUUAUUUCUCUUCAUCAUAGAUAUUCAAAAUAGCAUUGCUCCCUGCUGCCUGGUUGUAAAUUUUCUCAAUAGUUAGAUAAUUAUUUAAUAUCCUCACCCUUGCAAUUCACCCCCCCCCCACCCACGCUCAUCAUAGCACUGCCAGUGGUGAUGGAAUAAUUCAUUUUUAAAAUGUUUUUUUCUCUUCAUCAUAGAUAUUCAAAAUAGCAUUGCUCCCUGCUGCCUGGUUGUAAAUUUUCUCAAUAGUUAGAUAAUUAUUUAAUAUCCUCACCCUUGCAAUUCCCCCCCCCCCCCCACCCACGCUCAUCAUAGCACUGCCAGUGGUGAUGGAAUAAGUAAGGGAUUUCAAAGUCCAUGCUGUUAGUAUUCUCCCACAGCACAAAAGUAUUUUAAAAGUUACAGAUUUAAUACUGGGUCACCCUUUUCAAUAAAUUUAAAAAAAAAUAUUUUCUAGCAACAUGCAAGUGAAAUACCAGCUGGCCACAGAGACAAGGAAUAAUCUUAUAGCUGCCAGCCAAAACAUAACAACAGCACAGAGAUAUCUCAACAACAUCAAGGUAAGUUCAUGAACAGUGUCACUAUAUAACAACAACAGCACAGAGGCACCUCCACCACAUGAAGAUAAGGCAAGUUCAUGAACAUGGUGACAGUGAAAAAAUUAGCCUCUUUAUAUUUAUCAUAGGUUUUGACUCAUUAUAUCAUUCCAGUCCUACAAUUUGAGGCUAGCGUUACAAAAUGGAAAGCAUCUCUACUCAAAAUCUCAGUGAUAAUUUAGGAUUUAGUUCAAUAUGCCACUCUUGUUUUAUUUCACACUUAAGGAUGGAUCAGUUGGCUUAUUUACAGAAAUCUAAUAAGAACAGACUGAUUAACCUGAAAGGUUUUUUGAAAUAUUAACUAGGACAUUUGUUUGACCCAACAGUUUCCGUACUGUGAGCCAGAAGAAAUAGACACCUUGAACAGGGCGUGCAGUAAUAUCUACAUCGACAUGCAGUCCCAAGACCGUCACCAACAUGCCUUGCAGUGCUACAGUGUAACACACAAGCGGUGUGGGGCAUUGUUACAGUGGUUUGACAGUGUAAGCUAAUGGUGGUUUGACAGUGUGACACACAAGUGGUGUGGGGCAUUGUUACAGUGGUUUGACAUUGUGAGCCACAAGCAGUGUGGGGUAUUGUCACAGAGGUUUGACAGUGUAAACUUAUAGUGGUUUGAUAGUGUAAGAAAAUAGUGGUCUGACAGUCUAAGCUUAUAGUUGUUUGACAGUGUAAGCUAAUGGUGGUAUGUCAGUGUAAGCUAAUAAUGGCUUGCAAGUGUUAGCUAAUAUUGAUUUGACAAAUGACAGUGUAAGCUAAUAGGGGUUUGACAGUGUAUGCUAAUAGUGGCUUGCUAGUGUUUGCUAAUAUUGAUUUGACAGUGUGAGCUAAGUAAUUUUGGUUUUACAGUGUUAGUUAAUAGGAGUUUGUCAGUGUAAGCUAAUAAUUAUUUGACAGUGUAAGCUAAUUAUUGUUUGACAGUGUAAGCUACCCUCAUUUGAUAGAAGAGGCAAAUCAGUUUUUUUUAAAGUGGACUUUAUUAAAUGGUCAAUAUUAAAACAUGUUAAUCAGUAAAAGGUCUUCUUCCCUUUAAACUCAACAAUCUUUUUCCCCUUUCUUUUCCUGGAAGAAUUUUUUCCAUACAAAAUAUCCAUUAUAUUGUUUGCUAUUAUACAUGUGUUUUUAAAAUAUAUUUUAACUUUCCCCAAUAUCUUGUGUUACUCCAUCAAAUGGAUUUUUAAUGAUUAAAAUAAGCUGGCUGCAGCCUCGCCUCCUGCUGUCUAUUAAUGUAAUGCAAUGGCACAUUCUUCUUGAGACCAGCCAUUUAGUUAAAAAAAUAAAUAGGGUUCAUUAGUUCCCAAAAUAUUUUUUUUUCAUACUACCUCAGGUUAUAGACAACACCAUAGAGAAAGACCUGGCUAAAGCUAAAGCAGAAUUAUCACCCAAGGAACAUGAACUCAGGAAGGAACGACUGCGUCUGAUAAAGGAGAGGAUUGGUGGUGACACAAGUGAUAUUAAAAUCCCUGAAAAAGGUUUUUACAUUUUUUAAAAAAUUAUAUUUCACAGAUUAAACUAUGUUCUUAUUGAUACAGGAGAAUAUCAUAGAAACAGAUUUAAGUAUUUUCAUAUCAAAACUUUUUGAGGGCUUGACCUUCUUCUUAAUUUCUCAUUGAUGAAAAUGUUUAUUUUUAAUAUCACAUCAAUCAUGUAACAGUUUGAUGAGAAAAUUUUGCAUAACAUUUAACAAAAAUAACAACUAAUUAUUAUUAUUAUUAUUAUUAUUAACACGAUGUACAUAUAAUAAUAAAAAAAAAUAACCAUGAACUUAAAAAUUAACAUACAUUAAUUAAAUAAAACAAAACAAAUUCUAAAUGUAUAUUCACCAGAUCCUCAUUGUGUUUUGUUUCUUAUCUAUAACCUCAUACUCAAAACUGCACUGAAUUGUCUUUAAUCACUUUGAACUGACAUAAAUCAAUUUAAACUUUACAUUGAAGUGUCCUUAAUCACUUUUAACUUAACAUAAUAAUAUCAUUUUGAGCAAAGUUUCACACAUUUAGUCUUAAGUUCCAAAUGUUAUGAUAUCACGAUCAUUAUCUGCGUCUGAUCACUUCCUGAUAAUGUUGACAUUACUCACUGUCAGCGGAUGAGCGCUGUAAGUUCAUAGGAUGCUUAUACAUGUUUAUUUAUUUUUUUUUACUGACUAUGGUUUUAACUGUGUGAACGGUUGAUAAAGCCAUUAGUGUUAAAUGCACAAAGUUUGGUUGAUGCUGGAAAAUGCACUUCUCUGAAUGAACUUUUUCAUUCAAAUAUUUUUAUUAUAAUUAGGAACAAGUUUCUUUUAGCUUACUUCAAAUUAAUUAUUUGUGUACUGGGUACAGCCUAUGUUUUUAACUUAAAGUCAUUAUAAAGCCAUUAUAAAGUCAUUAUAAAAACAUUUUAAAGAAAAGAUGUUUGUUGUGAGCUUUUAAAAUUAUGGCUUUUUUUUUUUUUGUGGAUGUAAAUCUGUUUUAUUAAAAUUCUAGUUGUCUAGCUGUACCUCACGCUGCCAGCAUCCCAUCUUGGCACAUACUCCAACCUACAUAAAACAUCUUUUAAAACCUCCAUGCACAGUCUCCGAUUCCUGUGUGCACAUCCUGUAAACAAUUAUUGAGAAACUAAAACUUCCUUCCUGCACAAAUUUUUUUUGUUAAAUAUCUUUGCGCACAUCCUUUAAGACCUCAAGUACUUUCCAAAAUCUUCUGACCACCCUUUAUGAACAUCCCUUUAACACCUUGAUACACGACCUGCAUUCUCUACAACCACAUUGAGCCCCAACACAUAGAUCUUGAACCACAUGAUUCACAGCUUCUUCCACACAACCUCCUCUGAUGACUGCCUCCACCCCCUACAUACACAUUUUUUGACACCUUGAUUUACAAUCUGUAAAAGUGAACUUAUGAUUUUUAGCAAUGUCUGUAGCUAGUUGUCAAUGUGUUUUUUAGAUGAUGCGUUUUUAUUAGUAUGUUUGAAGUUUUGAAUGAUAUAAUGGGUUAGCCAUUUCAGUUUACUCCCAAAAGUUUAGCAGAGGAAUAAUUUAUUAAAAUGAAAUAAAAUUUAAAAUUUCUGCCUGGUUCUGGAAGCUACCCUAAAAAUAUUUCUGCAACAAAUGUUACAUUGAUUUUUUAUUUCCAAAGUUAAUGUAAAGCAGACGUAAUAAAUAAUUAAAAAUAAUUUUACUCAUUAUAUUUUUUACGUUUGAUCAUAGAGAAGAGAAAUUAUUGUAAAUAACUGGUGCUAGAAAUGUAAUUGUCAGCUCACAGAAACUCUAAUCGUAUUGUUGCAGAUUCACUGGAUGAAUUUGAUACUAAUGUGCCUGAACCAGAGUUGAUGGCCAUUUCUAAACCAGAGGGCGGGGUAAGCUGCCAUUAAUAAAAUUGAAUGAGUUUAUUUAUUUUAUAUCCCAUGUGCAUUGUGAUGGGGGGGGAUUAAAUAAGACAACAAAAUAUAUCACAAUGCCCAAUGCUGUAAUAUUCCAAAACAAAACUAUUGUUUCCACUGGAAAAACGGUAACAGGAAAAUGCAUUAAAAUAAAGUAUGUGUGUCAAAUAAGUUCUCAGUUUUAAACAGCUGACAGAUUUAAAGAAUUGCUAGAUUUAUUCAGGGUUUGUUUAAAAAAAAAAACCAACACAGUUUUUUAAAAUAAAUAAUUGUCAUUAACGCAAUACAUUUUUUUGGCAUGCAACUGAAUGUCAACAAUGUAAAUUUUAAUUACACUCAUUCACCCAGUGGGUCUGGAUCCAUUUUAGUACAAUGAUGUUUUAAAUUGGAGUAAUAAAUACAUGUGUCAUUUCAAUAAUUGCAGAGUGGAGGACUUACUCCAGGAGAUGGUGGGCGUGGCUCUGCCCCAACACCCCUUCCCCUUAAUGAGCUGGCUCCUCCUCCAUCUCAGGAAGAUCUCUUUGGUGAGCGUAAAACUUAACUUGUAAUAGCAGUGUGGUACAACAGUGGGGGGUGAAUAAUUUGAACAUUAUUGUAUUUGAAAGGUAAACAUAGAAAAAUUUAAUUAUUGACUUAUCUGUUUGCAUGUUUAAAGGUAACACAGAACAAUUUAAUGACUGACCUUUAUUUGUUUGAAUGUUCAAAGGUAACAUAGAGCAACUGAAGAAACAGCACGAGCAAGAAAUGGCUCAGAUUGAAAAAGCUCAGGAAACAAAUAAAGCCAGAAUCGAACAGGGAUUACAGGAGAAGUUAAGGGAGAGAAGAACCAAAAGAAGUAGAUUACAAGAGGAGUAAGGAAUAUUACAGAAGCUUAAAGAAGUAGAUAACUGUGAGAGUAAAGAGAAGUAGAUUUCUGGAGUAGUAGAUAUUGUUAAAUAGGAGGAGUAAACUAUCACUGGGCACAGAAACACUGAGAAAAAUGCUGAAUUCAAUUUAGGCUAAAGGUUAUUAUGAAUUUAAAAGCUCAUGUUGUGUAAACAGUUUGAUAAGCCAGUAAAUAUUUAUUGCUAACAGCAAUAUUUAUAAAGAUUCUUUUUUAGGUCAGAUAUAAGGAAAAUUAAUGAUGCCUAUUUAAGGGCUAUAACUUAUGAAAAAUAGCAUUGGUAUCAGGGGGUGUAUCUAUGGGGUACAUCCAAAUUUGUGUAAAACAGAAUGACUUCUGGUGGAUGAUGUCCACUUUUUUCAUUUAGGUUGGUUCCAAAAUCAUGUUUUUUGUUUCUAAACUUGAUUCCGGAAAGUUGAGUAGGGCUAAUUAAAACAAAUCCAAUAAUAUAAUAAAAAAAAUUCCAUUGCCACCCCAUGGCAGUUACCAGUAAUAUGAAAGUGAAACCAAUGUAUUCGUUCUUUUUUCCAGUAAAUUAAAAACAAUUUUUUUAAGCUGUCAUACUCAUGUUGUAUUGAAACCGAAUUUUUGAAAUGUUUAUUUUCUAUUUAGAUUAGUAACAAAGAUUUCUUUAAACAGAUUUUAGGAAUUUCUUUAAUUUUUGUGAACUGAAUUUUAAAAAAAAUAACUGAGACCAAACAGCUGAUUAUAAAAAAGGGGGAAAAAUUAUAGGAAUAAAAAUCUAUUUAUCAUUUUCAUUUAAUUUAUUUGGGUAAAUUAUUUAUGGACCGGUCUUAAAUCUCUUUUCCAAAUUUUUAAAUAUUUAAUGUUCACUGUCAAAAAUAAUUUAUUUAAUGUAAAUUAUUGAAUUGAUGUUAGUAUUCUUUAUAGUUAUUUAUAUUUGUAAAUGAUAUUUUAUCAAAUUGGUCUUAAUAUUUUUUUGUAUGAUAUAUUAUUAUUAUUAUUUUGUACACAACUGUUUUAUUCAAAUUUCUGUGAUAUUUAAAAAAAAUCUUUUUAUUAUUGCACAACAUUGAUUUAUUUGAAAAACCUGGUCUUAAGAAUAUAAAUAUAGACUAAUUCAAUUCUGUAACAAUAAACUGAACCUUCUGUUUUGCUAAAAGACUUGUUAUCACUGUUGCUAUUGUAAUUUACUUUACACAACCUGGUUAUUUACCAGUCUAUUUAGGACAUUUUAACGAUUUGAAGAUGAAAUAAUUCCUUAUUAACAAACAAGGCCGUUUUUUAAAAUUUCUUCUUAUAGCCCUGCAGCUUUUUAACAAACAUAUCGUUUCAAAUUUUACUAGUGCAAUUUUCAUUUAAAAUACUGCUGAAUUUUUUAAGCUUAGGCUUAAAAAACUAAUUCAGGCAAAGAGAACUGUAUUUUCCCCUACAAAAUCAUUUUUUUCUCUUUUCUGAAUUCAUAAAUUAUAUAUAUGUUUGUACAAAUGUGCCUAUAUUCUAUCUCUGCUGUGAUAAAUAUUUUGUAACUAUUUUUAUAGCUAAAAUGCAGUUUUCUAUUUGCAAUCUAUUAAAUUUAUGUCUAUUAAUUGAAUGAGAUGUUGAGCUCAGUAAAUGAAUACUAUUUUAAUGUAGGACUUGUUUAUGAUACUCAUUUUAUGUCUAAUGUCACUGACCUAUGGCACCAAGUUAACAAAUUUUUUAUUAUGUUCAUUUUUAUAGAGGUUCUUAUUAAUAUAGAAUUUUAUAGCAGAAACUCAUCUUGUGAAGCUGAUUUAUCUAAUUAUAACAAAAGCAUAAAUUUGUCAUUGACAGGGAUUUAUUUUCGAGUACUUUUGUGUGAAAAAUAUGUAUUAAACAUUAUUUAUUUUUAUAAAAGAUAACUACCUAUGCAAUUUUAUGAAAAUUAAAAAAACAACAACAAAAUACCCAUUAAAGAUAAUUAAUCAGUUUAUCCUGCAGACUUUUUUAAAUUGUAUUAAAAACAAUUUAAAAUUGUAUUCUAAUAUAAAAUUAUUUACUGAAAUAUUCAUAACUUUUAGCCAACAUGCAACAGCAAUAACGAUUUUACAGAAAUUGUAAAAGAUCGAUAAGUUAUUUUAAUUUACAAAAGAUGAACUAAUUUAAGAAAUCUGGUAGAUAAAACAGUGACUUUAUAUUGAUACAUUUGCUCAAGUUUUACACUUUCUUUGACUUACAAGGUGGAUUUGUGAGCCUGGCAUGAGUUUUGAAUGUUUUUUUUGUGGUAGUUUUAAAAUUUAUUGAUCCACAACUUCACUUCGUUCAGAUUUAUUCUGUAGAACUGAAACUUGUUUACACAGUUUUUUUUUGUAAUACAUUUGUGACUUUCAAAGUUUAACAUUUAAAGAAAAAGAAAAAAGUUAAAAUAUUUCCGGGUUAAAAUUAAAAGACUUGAAUCAAUGGGACAGCAUCUAAUGUUCAAAUAUUAUGUUAGCUACCUCUCUUUUUUGAAAUUUGAAGAAACAUACUUGAAAGGAGUUAAGAAAAUGUUAAAAUUAAUAGUGAAAUUAAUAUUCUUUUGGCUAUGAAAAAAAUGCACUUCUGUCUCUUUUGUCUUUUAUCUGAUGGGGAAUUAUGUAGCUUUUGAAUUCUUUUAACUUUAACAUUUCUCUAACACUAACAAAAACAACAGAAUUGUUUACAUUAUUUCCCCAUCUUUGUAUGACUUUUUAUGAGCAAGGCACUUUUGGAAAGGAGUUGAUAUUUGAAAGGAAUUUGUUUUUUGAUGGUUAUUAGAAAAGUGGUAAAUUGUAAUUGAUGUAUUGGGAUUUUUUUCAUAAUUUGAAAAAAAAAAAAUCAUUUACAAGAAUAAAGAUGACAAUGUUCUCACUCCAG